UGCUUUGAAGUUUCGGCCGGCCACGUUGUACGAACAGAAAGUGCCACGGGCUGUUCCUGUUUCGAGAUGCGGUGGUUUGCUCUGAUAUUAAUAUGCACGGUGCUUUCGACUACGUGCGCUGAACCGGAGCCGAAGAAAUACAAACCUGAUAUAAAAGAAAAGGACAAAGAGGUAGAUUCAAGUCUAACAGAAGAAGAGCGACAGUUUUUAAGAGAAGUUGAAGCAAAAUUUGGUGUUAAGCAGGAUGUAUUGAACGAGACCAAAAAGAGUAAUGAAGGAACAACAGAUGAACAAAUAGAAGAUAAAUCGCAAGUUUCAAAUGUGAAACCCCCAUUUCCAGCUGUAAUUGCUAUAGAAAUUGUUAAUGACACGGAUACAGACACACAAUCAAAAGGAAAAAGAACUAUUGAUGCUAAUCUUGGUUAUGGUUACAAAACUAAUAAUGGAUACUCAUAUACGUAUUUAGGUAAAUCAGGCCAAGAAAAAGGGAAAUUUAUGAUCUAUCCAUAUUCUCAAGAAGAUAUUCCACCUCCAAAUACAAAUCAAUAUAGAUCGCAAAAUUCACAAUCGUCAACAAAUGUUGAAGUCCAGCCAUCUCGCGCUUUUGAAUUGAUCGAGCAACAAUCUUAUCAGCAAGGAAAACCAUCAUCAGAAUCGAGAACUAAUUAUGAUACAAUCAAAGGGUUAGUUUCGCCUCCUCCAGCAUAUUCCGCUCCUGACCCCGUACAAACAUCAACUCCAACUACACUCUAUACUACUUAUAAUGGUCAAGGAUUUUCAGAUUUAAGUGGAAAAUUUCCAGUUGUAAUGCCUAAUUAUUUUGUAGAUUCAUCUCAGUUGCUGAAAAAUCCUCAAUUUCAAAACGCUGGUCUUACUCAAGAUCAUUUACGUGCACAUGGUGCUCCAGUAGAACAAAGGGUAGUUCCGGUUUUAGUUUUAAGAAUCCCAAGCUCCUAUCUUAAAAAUCCCACUGCGGAAUUAUAUCCUAAUUUGCCUCAAAAUUAUCCCCUAUCACAGUAUUUAAAUCAUGUUAAUUUGCAAGAGAUAGUAAAUAAUUACUUUAAAAAAAUUGGAUAUUCCUUUGCACCACAAAUAACAACAUAUCAAAAUUCGCUUGUUCCUGAAUCUGUACCAACGCCAGUCUCAACACCUGCGACUAAUUACGAACCACAACAUUAUGCAUCUCCUUAUGUCCAACCAUCAUACACUCAAGCAGAUACUUCUGGAGUGCAAUACUCAGCAGUUAAACCAGUAAUGGCUAGAUAUCCUCAGACAUAUACGCGUCCUCAUUAUUAUAUUCCUCCAUCUCAAUUUUCAUAUCAACAACCUGCUCAUUCCGCUUACCAACAAACUGCUAAUGCUGCUUAUCAACAACAUACUCAAACUACUUAUCAACAAGUUGCUCAACCCAUUUACCAACAACCUGCACAACAGUAUGAAUAUAGUUAUCAGUUUACUCCAAAAUCUACAAUUCAGCCACAAACUUAUUAUGUACAACCUCAAUAUCAACAAGCUGAACAACAAAUAGUUUCACAUGAGGUACAACAAGAGAACGUCGCUGUUAAUCAGGAAGCGAAUGCUCACAACUCAGUUAGUCAAGUAGCAUACGGACUUCCUCAACAAGAAACAGUUCUAGAAACUCCUGUGACUCCUGGUGUUGAAUAUGGUACUCCAGAAAUAGCUCAACCGGCGGCUCAAUAUGAAGCUACUCACUCGGUUUCUCAAGAAUAUGGAGUUCCAAAAGAGGAAAGCAUAGAGUAUACUGCUAAACAUGCAGGAUCUCCAGAUAUUGGCCCUACUAAAGUAACGAUUCCUGUGUACAGUGCUCCUCAACAUACAAUAACCCAGCAGUACGUUUCACCGCAACAAGUUGAUCAAAAGGAUGUAGUUUCUGUAUAUCAGCCAUCACAAUCAGGACAUAUUCCUCGUCACAAUUUUAAUUUGCAUGCAGAGGCCGGCGUAGCAGAUGCUCAAAGUUAUAUAUAUAAAAAACAAGUUACGGCCGAUAAUGCUGACAAUUUAGUAUUAACAGAAAACUACCCUAGCAAAGAUCAUACAAUCGCUACUGUUUUACCAUUUAGUUACAAGCACGGUAAGAAAUCUCACACUAAAGGAGUUCAGACUGUAAGCUAUGUAACACCAAUGCCAUUUUCAUCUAAGUUUCAGUCACAGUACAAAGUAAUGGUACCACAAAUGAUAUUUAAGAACGCAGCGCCCGAAAAAGUGACUUAUGUAAAUUCACAAUCUCUCUCUUACAACCAGAACAGUAGUCAGGAACAAAAUCCUGAAGCAGAAUACACACUGCCUGCCCACUACGUUCCUCCAGUUGGUAAACAAAGACCUCCAUAUUACCCUAGAAAUUAUCAUUCCCAUCCUAAACGUAUGACAAAAUCAGAGCAUAGACCAGAAAACCCAUCAAGAAAGCACGUUGAAGGAAAGAAACUAGUUUAGUUGCAUCUUGACAUCUCAUAGGCAUUAACUGAAACGUUAUUUUUAAAUAUAAUUCUAUGUGGUCAUAAUACAAAAAUUGUGGGCUAACCUUUUUAUGUACAGUAAAAUUUUAAUACUGGCCACAUUUCGUUCAUUGUUAGUUGGUAAGAAAUUGUAAAUAUAGUGUAAAAAUUGUAAUAGGUUUUAAAAUGACAAUGAAUGUAAUUUAACAGUAGAUAAGUAAUUAGAUAUAUCAAAACUGAAAUUUGUUUGUACAAGAAUAAUAUAACGAUAUGUAGAAACUGGUAGAAAAUAUCUCUAUUAAGAUAUUUACUCAUCGCUUUUAUACAAUAUACGUAUUGAGUAAGUGGGAUAUAAAAAUGACAAUAAUGUUUAAGGUAAACAAAUAUGAAUAAAAAGGCCGACGGCACACCGAUUCCUCUGAUGUUGCGGGUGCUCAUGGGAGACGGUAGUCACUUACCAUUUACAACUUGGUUAUAAAAAAAAAAUAUAGCAUUGAUAUUUGAGAAAGUAGAAGAACUAAAAAGAAAAGAAAAGACAGAUGAAUGGAAUGUCUGAAAGAUGAUAGCGACAAAAAGUGAGUAAAACAAUGAGAAAGCGGCUAAUAGAGAGAGAAUUAAUCUGAUUUGAACAAAAAAAAAACAAAACAUUAAUAUGCCGACUUAAGUGAUAGGAUAAGAAUAGGAAGAUGUCAUUUGGUUUAUAUUAAACGAUUUAUAUAAUUACUGUUACAUUAUUAAAAACAGACGAGUGUGUUACAUGACAAUAAGAGGAAUGAACACUUAGCUUGCUAAAAUUAAGUGCCCUAAAAGGCUCUACUAUUUAUUUCAUAUGUCUAUUAAAAGAUUGUUUUUUUUUUCAAAUUUGGCAUACGAAUAGCCCAUGGCAUACAUUAUACCUUUUGUUUCUAAAUCAGUUUUAUAGUUUUAAAAAAACAUCGGAAUGCUUCUGUUAAAGGCAUUCCAAUUGCAGAAAUCAAUGUUACUUCAGAUGUAUAAAGAAAUUGCCUGCAUUUUCAUAGACCGCUUGUUGUUAUUAUCUUAAAUUUUUUUUUACAUACACACGCGUAUGAUCUGAGAAACAAUUUACAAUUAUACGAAACCGUGCUGGUUUUUUGUUACGUUUUGAAUUUAUUAAAAUUGUUACUAUUUAUUCCUAUUGACGGUUGAAAUCCGUUUGGCUGUUUUGAAAGUGCAAUAUUUGUAAUUAGGCAUUAAAAUGUAAAAAUUAAAUAAACAUUAUUACUAGUU